AUGCUACGUUGUGAACUAAAUGACGGGAACACAGCACGGUUUUGGUUUGACAACUGGUCAAUAUUGGGCUGUCUUAAGGAUUAUAUUGGGGAUUCGGGUCCGAGGAUAAUGGGAAUACCAUUACAGAGCACGGUGAGACAGGCCUUAAAUGCUCGCGACUGGUCUGCUCAAUCAAGGUCUAGGAAUGGUCUUAUCCGCAAUGUUAAAGACCUUCUAAGAACUUACGACCCUCCGGAUAACAACAUGGAAUCUGAUGUCUACUCUUGGGGUGAGAUAAAUCAAGCUGGACGUGGCUUCUCCACCAGGAUCAUAUGGGAAUCACUAAGACCUUCUACUCAGCGGAAGCAUUGGUCUAAGGCUGUGUGGUGCAAAUUCGGAGUGCCGAAGCAUUCCUUCACAUUCUGGACAGCCAACCUCAAUCGCUUACCGGUUAAAAGAGACUGGCAAACUGGGGAAUGA